CGUCUACCGUGUCAAGCGUGUGUUCAGACAGAACCAGCCACCCGUGGAGUAUGCAUUGCACUUAAAGGUUUCCACCAUGAGCGGAGUGAUACUGUAAUGUCGAGUGUGUGUCGGGAUAAAUAUAAUUCGGGACAUUUUACACAUACAGAUAGUGUGAGUUUUCAAAGACAGCUGGAAUAUCUAGUCUAAAUGUCGCUUAUUCAUCGUAUAGGAUUAAUCCUGUGUGUGUGUUACGGAUUGUUAACAUCUCAAAGUUUGGGAGCAACGACGUCUACCGCUGACAAUGCAGGAACAUCUACAGACACUUACAGCACAACGGAACACAGUGACGUCACCACGACAGUGAAUGACGUGAUGUGCUACAGUUGCUCGGACACGGUGCGCGGGGCGGAAUGUCAGAAAAACACAAGGGCGAUGGCCGAAGAAGCGGGAAAUGUUAAACCCCAGCAGACACAGGAAGGAAGGAGUAACAAUGUCUAUGCGAAAAGCUGUAAAGGCUACCAAAAUUUCACAUACUGCAUGAUAGAAACCAUUGAAAAUAGAGGCGAGAUGCAUUCCUACCGCCGAGAUUGUUCGGACGGGGUGUCGUUCUCCUACGAUGCCGCCAAGCUGCGGGCCGUCCGCCCAGACAAUCAGACGACAUGUGCCUACAACGGCCAAGGUUACGUCAUCUGUGUACGCCUGUGUCAAAGGAACUUCUGUAACGGACCAUUCCCUUUCUCGUCAGCGAAUACAGAAAGACAGUGGUCUUGUCUGAUAGUUUUACUUGUCAUUUCGUUUUAUGUGAUGUUUGGAGAAUGACAUCCUGCAAGGACCACUCGCCUGUACAUGUAUUUAUAACAGUAAAAACUGGCUCUCAAAUCCCUGAAGUACGGAAUAAAGUUUCGAAUUUGUGUUAUUUAUUUUUGUAUUUACCAAUAACUUGUUAACUUGUUAUACAUCAGAACAAUAAAAUAUACGAUUAUA